AUGUGUGCUGGGUUAUGGCAAAUUGGAGCUGCAGUAGGAUUAACCAACUGUGUAGGCCAGCUGACGAAUUCACAACUUUUUAUGGGGAGUCCGUGUAUGGCUGUUGCAGCUGGGUCAAACAGCGCGUUCUCAAGUCCGUCGCCGACAUUUCCCUAUAACUUCUGUUCCACACAGCAGCCAUCAUUCUUUCAAGGGGAACAAGGAUUACCGUCAACGUCCGGUGUGGUUUACAACGUCGGAACACUAAGUGACAGCAAUAAUAAUAACAAUUACGAGAGCGUUUUUUGA